UGUCUCCCUUUGGUCGCCUUCAGUCCUCAUUGGCCUCUUUUAGCAUUCUCAUUUUGAUCCACCAUCAUCCCAGUUUUGGGUUCCUUUGGCCUCUUUUUGUCCCCUUUGUUCACCUUCAGCCAACUUUUAGUCUCAGUUGGUACCCUUUGGCCUCCUUCAGUCCUCUUUGGCCUCUUUUGGUUCCCCCCAAUCUUCCCUGUUCUGGUCUCCUUUGGCCCCCUUUGGCCUCCGUUCAAUCCUAUUCCUUCUACCUCCUUUGGCCCGCUUUACUGUGGCCACCUUUACCCCUUGUUGGUCCCGAGCAUCAGUCCCGCCUUUGGUCUUCUUUGGCUCCCUUUUUGCAUCAUUUGUCCCUUUGGUCCCUGUACUAUAUAAGCCCCAUUUUUAAUCUCUUCUGGAUGCCGUUGGUCUCCUUCUCCUUCCUUCCCCGUUUAGUCUUAGUUGGCCCCCGUUAGCCUGUUUGCGUCCUCUUUGGGUCCCCCCAAUCGUUCCUUUCUUGGCUUCCUUUGGCCUCCUUCCGUCCCCUUUGUCCUUCUUUAGUCGGCUUUGGUCCCCCAUUAGUCCCUCUUUUAGUCUUCUUUGGUCCCCUUUUGGCCUUGUUUGUACCGUUGGUCCCUUUCUGCCUUCUUUGACCACCACUAGUCACUCUACCUCCUCCUUGGUCCAGUUUGACCCCAUUUGGUCCCCUCAUGAGACUCUUUUGGCCUAAUUUGUCCUCCUUUUGUCCCCCUUCAGUCCGUCUUUAUCCCCGUUUGGGUGCUGCUGCUCCUGUUGUGUCUUUUUACAGCUCCAGCUGUCUUCUCGCUUUUACAUGGUCACCAUACCAAGGCGCACACACACACUCACGCAAACACCCACACUCACACAAGUGUACAGCUUAUAAUGCAGCAACAUAGUUGAGUAUCUUUACAAGUAAGAAAGCAUGAGUCAAUAAAAUGUCCUCAAUGCCAUUCAAAGUGUGUGUGUGUGUGUGUGUGUGUAUUUAAUUAGAUCUGUUAAUGAAUAUUUCCUGUCGGCGUGCCCGCAUUGUUUACUGAGCAGGCUGAGCACAAACAAACAUGGCGAGAGGCAUGCCAGGCAUCCUCUUGUUUUAACAAGCCUCACAAAUGGCUGCCGAAAGUGCGCCCGCUAUGCCGUUUGGAAUCUCGACAAUCCUCGCCCGCUCGCGCCCGCCGGCUUCCUGGUGUAAACGCACUGAUUAACGCUGCCAGCCAACAUCACUUAGAGGGAAAUGAAGAUGAUAACCAAGAGCGACAUUUUCCCUGGUACAAAAGUAUUGGGAUGCUGACAGGAAGUGGAGAAAAAGGGGACUAAUGUUCUUCCACUUGCAGUCAGAAACUCUUCCACCCUUCGAGGAAGACUUUCUACAGUAUAUAUGGGACCAAAGGGGGGCCGCACGAUACCAGAAGCUGACCAAAGGAGGGAAGGGAAAUCAAAGGGGGUUGGGGGGAUAAAACAAAACAAAACCGAAAAGAACCAAAACAAGACCAGAGGGGACAGAUGAGGGUGCUAAAGGGACACGAAGGAGACCAAAAGGGGCCGAAGGGAAACUAAUGGGUCCAACGGAGACACCAAAAGGGCAAAGGGAACCCAAAGAAAGCCCAAGGAGAAAAACUCAAGGAGACCAAAGGAUACCAAAAUGAGACCAAAGGAGGGCAAAUAAAACGCAAAAGGGAAUACUGGAGGUAAAAGAGGGACACAGGGGCUGAAAAAUGGCUGAAGAGAAACCAAAAGGGACAAAAUAGGGAUGGAGAGGACCAUGGGAAACUGAAAUUUUCAUCGUUUUUGACUUUAUUUUAUCUGACAAUCUUAACACCUGAGGGUGCACACAGACUACAUUAGCAGCACACACACGCACUAAUGGGUGUGUGUCCUUGGGCGGUGAUGUGCUGGUAGGCCUUUGGUAAAUGAAGGGUCACAGUCAGGUCUUUGCCAUCAUGCAGCUGAACAACAACAAUAACAACAACAAAAAACAAGAAUGAGGAUGUGCACCGCGGUGAGGCAACAAUCCCACACACCUGCUCGAGAUCUCCUCGACAACGACGCACAAUAAGUAAUGUGCCGGGAAGGAAAGCAGGAAGGACGGAAGCGUGGAGGAGGGGUGGAGAAGCUAAAACGGCGGCAGCUGGGAAGACGGAAGACAAGGUUAAAGGAAGGUGGACUAACCAAGAGCUGAGAAAGAACGCGACGAGACCACAUUACCCACAAUCCUCCAGGGCAGACGGUGAGUGUCAUGUAAAACACAUUAACGUGUAACACACAGAGGAUUAUACAUUCAAAAUAUGGCAUACGUCCUUUCGUCUGCCUGGCUGUCUGUCAGUCUGUCCAUGUAUCUCUCAGUUCGAGCUCUCACUUCUUAAGGGUGUAUCGAGUAGACGGCCAUUGUAAGUAACCCUGGAAGCGCGCUGAGGUGGAGCUGGGCCUGUGAUUGGACGAAGGAUCCCCGCCUAUGGAGCUUGUCUCCUGGGUGCGAGGUGGGGGGGCGGGGUCCUGAGCGCUGUAUGGAGGACGUGAGGGGGGCUGGGCCCUGGGUGGCCUGUCGGUGGGUGUGAGUUAAGUGCUGUCACUGCUUAGUUCUCUCGCACGCUGCUCAAGGACUCGGCCGCAUGCAGGGAAGAAGAAGAAGAAGAAGAAGAAGAAGAAGAAGAAGAAGCAGCGGCUCUUCUGCAGCUCCAAUGACGCCCGGCCCAUGCUGGUGACGCCUCCGCCAUGAGCUGCUUGGAUGUGAUGUACCAGGUGCUCGGAGCGCAGCCGUACUUCACCUCCUACACGCCCUACCACCACCACCAACAACAGCAGCAGAAGCUGGCCUUGGACUGGAAAAUGCAAGACCCUCAGGACGCCGGCAGCAGCAACCGCCUGGGCCCCCCCGGCUCCCCCACCAUCAAGGAGGAGGACAAGGAACUGCCCCCGGGGGCCGAGUACCUGAACGCCCGUUGCGUCCUCUUUACGUACUUCCACGGAGACAUCAGCGCCGUCAUCGACCAACACUUCAGCCGCGCCCUCAGCCACGCCUCCUCCUCCUCCUCCUCGUCGUACCCACCCAGCAGCCACAAGACCCCCAAAGACGGAUCCUUCCCGAUGAGCCAAAGAAAUUUCCCGGCAUCUUUCUGGAACAGUUCCUACCCAUCUCCUGUCCCGUCGUCGCUGGCGAGCGCUCUGUCGGCACCCCACUCAGAACUGGCCUUCGCCGCGGGGGACCCGUACGCCCCGUCGCCCCUCCACGGCCACCUGCACCAGCCCGGCCCAGACGCCUGGCACCCGUCUCACCCGCACCACCACCAUCACCACCACCCCUACUCGCUAGGGGGCAGCAUGGGUGCGCAGGGUUCGACGUACCCACGGCCCGCGGUGCACGAGGUGUACGGCGCGGCGUUCGAUCCCCGAUACGGCUCGCUGCUGGUCCCGUCCGUCAGGCCUCACCACUGCCUGGCGUCGUCCGGCGGCUCGGCAUGCGACCUGGGCGGGAAAGGCGAGUCGGCGGCGGCCUGGAGCGGGAGUUUCUCCGGAGUCGGAGAGAUUGGACUAAACAUGGAUGCAGGUGAGAAAUGCAAUAUUUUAAAAGAUGAUCUUGCAGUUUUCAGCCACAAUUCCCUAAUCCAUGCCCGCUUGAGUCAGAUAGGUUGGUCUUUCUCGGUCGUGGUGGUUUCUUAAACUAUAAUAUUAAUAAUCAUAAUAAAGCAACUUUAACUGUUUAAAAUGGGUUGAGAAAUGUUUUUUAUUUUGCCACUCAAAUUGAUGAUUUCUGCUUAAACAGAGUUGUUUCAGAUAUAAAGGAUUGAUUUUGAUCAAGCACUAUAUUAGGUCACAAAAAUGUACAUUAGACAAUAAUGUGAAAUAAUGUGUUGUGCCUCAUUUGUUCAGCAAAAGGCCAUAUGAGGCCACAAAAAAACUGUUUGCCACUAAAAUGGUAAAUUUUUGCCUCAACAGGCUUUCCCCCCCAUGUAAGUGUGAUAUUUUACCAUUAAACCACUGUACAGUAUUUGUUCACGAAAGGCUGUAUUGAACACAAAAAUCAUAUUUUGACUUCAGACGCUAUAUUUUGAAACUACAAUAGUUGCUUAAAUAAGCUAGUCUUCGAUGUAAAGUUGACAUUUUGCCAUCA